UGUAAUUUCUUUGGGCUAUUUUGCUGUAGAAACUGGCAACAUGAUAAUUUAUAAUGGCAACAUGAUAAUGAUAAAUAAAAUGCUAGUAUCAGCUUUUCAUGUUUGAGUGUAAAACGUAAUGUUACUGGAGGAGUUGGGUAGGUAGCUUGCCACAUUAAAUCGCUGUUGUUGGGGUUAGUAUUAACGGGCUGGAGCUCCAUUGUCGAUGAAAAUUACAUUCAUAAACUGACUAGUAACUCGCCACGCAGUUCUCUUCGUAAUCAGCUGCCUGUGCUACCAUGACCUCUUCGGGGUUCGGAGGUGACCGUGUGACUGCUAGCCGUGACUCCAUCUUUUCUGAGGCAAUCAAUCGGAAAAUGCGUGUCCCAGACCGGCUAAGGGUUGGGCCAGGCAUGGGUCAAGGACGUGAAGAGGAGAGGCAAUGGCGUGCAGAGCGCCCCGCAUCCUACAACAUGCACAUCCCAGACCGGCUCUCUCUCACAGAUGCCCCAGACAUGAGCCCCCGUCCACUGUUUACGCCCUCCAAGCAUGGCUCAACUUUCCCCCUGGGAUCUGCAUGGGACGCUCAGCAGCAAAGUGCCUGGAACAGAGAAAGAGAUCCUUACAUGAGGGAACCGGUGCAGAGUCCCAUGCGGAGGUCAUACAGUGACCAGGCUUUUGGCAGGGGUGACCCUGUCACUCCCAACUCCAGACACUCUUCACACACCCUCACCCCUCCUCGUAGUCAUGGUGGGGUAGAACACCCUCAGCAACCCUCUGAUAAAGAUCGACCGCCCAAGCCCCCGGGGCUCCCUGCCCCCCCACCCAGUCUCCUUUCCCCACAGACCAUGCUGCAGGCUGCCAAGGAACUGGGCCAGCAGGCUUCACAGCGCCUCCUGCAGACUGUCUCUCAGAAAUACAGGUUUAACUACCCAGAGCACCCAACGACGGCUGUGGUUGAGGCGCCCCUGUCGUGUGUCCAACCAGCCCGGAAAAGAGCCAUGCAGGACUCCUGGUGAGCACAGAUGAUGAAGGCAGUGCAGCUGUGGAGCUGAUCGUACUGAGGAGGCAGGUAUUGAAGAUGAGUCGUCGUCUGGCUGGUCUGGAGAGGCAGAACGCUGAACGCAGACAGACUGAGCUGGUGCUCUUCUCCCUUCUGGUCUCUGCCUGCCUGCUCAACGGCUGGCUCUGGAUACGCAGAUAACACCGUCUUACAUCCACGUCCUCCGUCUGCUUGGCUCACCACUGAUUUACACUUCCACCCAGCUGGGUAGUUAGUCCUCACACUUAGAUCCUGAGCACAUGAAGUGGUCCAUCGUCCCUAAUGUUGCAAGGCCAGAACAUUGGGAAAGGAACCACUGGUAAGCCUGCCUGAGGACUAUGAAGAUAGAAUGGAGCUGGAGCUGUGUGUAGCUAACAAAAGCAUUCAAUAGAUAGUCAAAGGUGGAGGCCAAUUUCAACAUGCAGAAUUGAUUUGUGUCCUGUUUGCUUAAAGGAUUGGUUGUCUCUGUGACCUUAACUCUAGUGUUUACCACCGCCAGAGGGGGUGAUAAGAAAUGAUAGUGUCACUGCUGAAGCUUUGUUACAUUGUUUUGGCUGACUAGGGAAAUCAGAUUCACGUCAGGGGUCUGUCAGUGCAGUUUAUGCAACAGCCACUGUAUGUCAGGAUACUAGUAUCUAGUACACUGGGAUGGUGGGAUUGGUCAGGUCAGGCA